AUGGUUCGCCCUGCCCUGGGCAUCUGCUCAGCCAUCUCCGACUUCUUGCGACAUGUCAUCCGGUGGGUGGCUUUGGGGAAGUGGGGGGGGGGCGACCUCACAUGGUGUGCAGACCUUAAGCACUGUGCCCGCACCUCGUGGUGCCUGGUCCACGUGCCAGCAGCUGAAGAGGGCCGGACUCAAGCGCGAGAGCAGCUCUACGUGGCCACGGAGGCCAUCCUCAUUGCGCUGGUAGGGGCCACGCCCACGUACCACUGGGACCUGGCCGAGCUCCUGCGCAAUCAGAGCCACGCCAACCUCUCGGCCGGCGAGGCCCAGGCCCUCGGGGACUGGCUGCGGACGGCCAACCGCAGCGAGGUCCGCAAGCACCUGCACUUCAGCGGCAGCUUCACCUCCAUCGCCUCAGAGUGGUUUUUAAUCGCCAAUCAAUCAUACAAAGUCAGUGCAGCCAGUUCCUUUUUCUUCAGCGGCGUGUUUCUGGGAGUCAUCUCUUUCGGUCAGCUCUCAGAUCGCUUUGGAAGGAAGAAAGUCUUCCUCACAGGUUUUGCUCUUGACAUCUUAUUUGCUAUUGCAAAUGGCUUUUCCCCCUCCUACGAGUUCUUCGCGGUAACUCGCUUCCUGGUGGGCAUGAUGAAUGGAGGGAUGUCGCUGGUGGCCUUUGUCCUGCUGAAUGAGUGUGUGGGCACCGCCUACUGGGCACUGGCAGGAUCGAUCGGUGGCCUCUUCUUCGCUGUUGGCAUCGCCCAGUAUGCCCUGCUGGGGUACUUCAUCCGCUCCUGGAGGACCCUCGCCGUUCUGGUGAACCUGCAAGGAACCGUGGUCUUUCUUUUGUCUCUAUCCAUUCCUGAAUCACCUCGUUGGUUAUACUCCCAGGGUCGGCUGAGCGAGGCCGAAGACACUCUGCUCCUCAUCGCCAGGCGGAACCGCAAGCCGAAGUCCACGUUCACGCUCACACACCCGGCCCACAGGGGCGCCCUGCAGGCCGGCAGCGUCCUGGACCUAUUCCGCCACCGGGUACUGCUGGGGCACACGCUGGCCCUGAUGUUCAUCUGGUUUGUGUGCAGCCUGGUCUAUUACGGCCUGACUCUGAGCGCAGGGGAUCUGGGAGGAAAUAUUUACGCCAAUCUGGCCCUGUCUGGCCUCAUAGAGAUCCCGUCCUACCCUAUCUGCAUCUACUUGAUUAACCGAAAAUGGUGUGGUCGGAAGCGAACAUUAGCAACAUUUCUGUGCUUGGGAGGACUGGCUUGUCUUAUUGUGAUGUUUCUUCCAGAAAAGAAAGACACAGGUGUGUUUGCAGUGGUGAACAGCCACUCCCUAUCUCUGCUGGGGAAGCUGACCAUCAGCGCCGCCUUCAACGUAGUGUAUAUUUACACGUCUGAGCUGUACCCCACCGUCAUCAGGAACGUGGGCCUUGGAGCGUGCUCCAUGUUCUCACGAGUCGGCGGGAUCAUCGCUCCCUUCAUCCCCUCACUGAGAUAUGUGCAGUGGUCUCUGCCCUUCAUUGUUUUUGGAGCCACAGGCCUGACCUCCGGCCUCCUGAGUUUGUUGUUGCCAGAAACCCUGAAUAGUCCCUUGCUCGAGACAUUCUCUGACCUUCAGGUGUGUUCAUAUCGGAGGCUGGGGGAGGAAGCGUUAUCUUUACAGACCCUGGAACCCCCUCAGUCUUCACACAAGGAAAGUGCUCUGGGGAGUGAGAGUGAGGAGGAAGAGGAGUUCUACGAUGCCGAUGAAGAGACCCAGAUGAUCAAAGGACCCACUAGGAGAAGCCGCCUGGACCAAGCAGCUCCUCGGCGUCAGGACUUCCAUGUCUACUAAUUUCUUGGAGAAACAGAAACUGCGUUAGCGGGAAAGAGGAAAAAUGUCGUGAAGGCUAAUGGUUGCUUCUGGAAAGCCGGGAGGCACCACAGGUGGGCUGGCUAUUCUCCUGUCCUCCAUGGUGGCCUCUCAGCUAUGCUGUAUCUAUCCGAACC